GUUAGGCCGGGGCCCCGUUUAGGGGCUCCCUGUGGUAUCAUGGGGCUCCCGAGGCUGCACGAGGCGGAGCCACUCCCAGCCUGGAUGAAGUCCUUCUCCACCCGCAGCCCCUGCCAACACACAAACUUCUAAGCUAGCUAGACACCCAGGACACUUGGCCACCCCGGCCCCAGGCACCUAGAGACUGUACAAAAACACCACUGGCAUAGAGACACGUGAGACACACAGAGCCACCUCCUGUAACAAGGCAGUAAAAAUAGAAAAAAAAAAGAUCAGCAAAACUAACCAACAGACCAACAAUCUUCUACAUCCAUAAUCCUCCACUUCUGUAAAGAACAAAAGAAGGUGCUCAGCCAGUGGGCGACCCGGCUCCCGGUGCAGCACCCCCUGCUUGUUCCGCCGGCGGCCCAGGUGCGGAUGGAGGGCGCGGGCGCCGAGGCGCCGCAGGAGCGGGAGCGGCGGGAGCAGCAGCAGUUCACCUACCAGGUGUUCCCCGAGCGGUACUCGGAGGGCAAGCCCAAGAGGAGCUUCCUCGCUACCAGCUUCUUCACCCACAACCAGAAGUGCCAGCUGAUGCUCCUCAAGUCGCUGGACCGAAGUCCAUAUGUCAAGCUUCUGCUGGAUGCUAUGAGGAGUUCUGGUUGCACUGUUUACAGAGAGAGACACUUCUCUUGUGAAGAUUGUAAUGGAAAUGUCAGCGGAGGUUUUGAUGCCGCCACAUCCCAGAUAGUGCUGUGUCAGAAUAAUAUCCAUAAUCAGGCUCACAUGAACCGAGUGGUCACUCACGAACUAAUUCAUGCAUUUGAUCAUUGUCGUGCUCAUGUUGACUGGUUUACUAAUGUCAAACAUUUGGCCUGUUCCGAGGUUCGAGCGGCUAACCUCAGCGGAGACUGCUCACUUGCCAAUGAAAUGAUCCGACUUAAUUUUGGAUUAAAACAGCAUCAUCAGACUUGUGUCCGAGACAGAGCUCUUCGUUCCAUUCUGGCUGUUAGGAAAGUUAGCAAAGAAGAAGCCCAGAAGGCUGUCGAUGAAGUUUUCGAAUCCUGCUUUAAUGAUCAUGAACCUUUUGGAAGGAUUCCACACAGUAAGAAUGAUGCCAAGCACGCCCAUCGAAAUUUUCAGAACCGAGAUCGUUAUUAUGCAAAUGUGUGAAGACCAUGGGGGUCGUCUUGUGUUCAAUAAUUGCAGUGUUCAUGGAGAAAAUAUGGUUCAUAGACUUAUAUGUUAAAAGCCAAAAUUAACAUGGAAGUGUGGAUCCUCAUACAGUGGAGAAUUUACUUCCAUUAUCAGAGAAAUUAAGAGCAGGGCAGAAAUGAAACUGCUUUGGAUUUUUGGAUAUUUUUAAACCUCAAGGCAGAGACUUCCCCUGCCUUUUCUGCCUUCUCAGAGGUUAGUAUUUGUGAUAUCUUAUCACCUUCUGGCAAAUAAAUGACAUUUGAAUUUUUUAAAA